AAGCAUCGCGGAUUCUAUUCGGAGACCGGUUCUGGUCGCCACUGUUCGCAGCGAUACUUUUAUCCUUGGCGAGAUUCCGACCGCGUACGAUUGCGAGAAGGUGAUCAGUCGGCUAUAGCCAGUCGUCUCCUAUCUACUUGGUGCGUUGUUUGAAAUUCUUUAUUACCGCGUGAAUACACUUACGAGCAGCUGCCUUUUGUCCCGUGAGAACGAAAUUCCGUUUGAUCAAACAACAUGCCAACUUGUACUUGUGAGAAACGAAUGUUCAACGAGGAGAACCACGUGUGUCAGAUGAAGCCGCCUGUCGAAGCUGGCGAGUACGAGGAGGAAACACAGGAGUACGAUCCCGCGGUUAGAUACACAGAUGGAUCCGUACGGCUCCGAAAUCCAAACAUCGAGCUCAUGGAUCAGGACAUCCUGUACCAUCUCGCUCUUGGUAGCGGUUCCCACGAUCUCGUGGAGAUGUUCGGUGACGUGAAGUUCGUAUGCAUGGGAGGAACACCGAAACGUAUGGAACAAUUUGCCCAUUACAUAAUGAAAGAAAUAGGUCAUAAGCUUCCCGCUGGAACGACCCUCCUUGAUAUCAGCCAGUAUUCGUAUCGUUACUCUAUGUACAAAGUCGGACCAGUCCUUUCUAUUAGCCAUGGGAUGGGCAUACCAUCGGUGGGAAUUCUCUUGCACGAAGUGAUCAAGCUGAUGUACCAUGCCAAAGUGAAGGACCCGGUAUUCUUUAGAAUCGGUACUUGCGGCGGAAUCGGCAUCGAAGGCGGUACCGUCGUCAUUUCUGAAGAAGCAGUAGAUGGCAUGCUGAAGCCUUACUUGGAUUUGCCUGUGCUGGGUAAAAUAGUAAGAAGGCCUUCGAAGCUAGAUCGACAGUUAGCCCACGAUUUGAAGGCUCUAGCGCAUCGGGACGAUCCUUAUGACACCGUGAUCGGUAAAACUAUGUGCACCUAUGACUUCUAUGAAGGACAGGGUCGAAUGGAUGGCGCGUUCUGUGAAUUCACAGAAAACGAUAAAAUGGAGUAUUUGAACAAGUUGCAUAAAGCUGGAGUAGUAAAUAUAGAAAUGGAAAGUCUCUCCUUUGCGGCUCUUACCCAUCAUGCGGGUAUCAAGUCUGCUGUCGUUUGUGUUACGCUGAUAGAUCGAUUCAAAGGAGAUCAGGUGCUGGCACCAAAAGAGGUCCUGGAUGAAUGGCAAAUGAGACCGCAGCAAUUGAUUUCUCGUUACAUAACUAGAUAUCUUCAACGAAAAGGUCGUCUUUCUCUAGAAGGGCACGGAUCGAUGUUUGUUAAGAGCCCGCGUCGGUUCAAGUUGGUGCAACAGGAAUCAGAGAACUACGAUUAAAUGAACGAUACAUUGGGUGAAGAAAUCGCAAAGGAACUUGCUAAAUAUUUUUAUCGUCAAAGUACAAUGAAAGAACAUGGAUUCGUUGAUCAUAUCGACGAUUAUUUUACUAAACGAAUUUUAUUUUA